AUGAAUUAAAAAUUAGGUAAAGAGAAAUCUCUUAGCCAUAAUGAAAAUGAUUAAGAAAUAGAUCAAAAAGAAUUAGAUAAUGAAAAAAAAAAAAUAUGCUUAAAUUGUUUUGGAGAAAUUAAAGAGAAGGAUGCAAAACAUUUUAAAAAUUAAAUUAAUUAGAUAAACUAAAAAAAAUAAUCGAUAUAGUAAGAUAGAUCUAAUUAAUUAAAAAUAAAAUUAGAUAACCUAAAUAAUUUAAAUGGAUUAGUAGAAUAAUUAAGAAAUUUUUAUGCUGAAUAAAUGGAAUAAAUUGUAUUUUCUAUAAAAAAUUGGUCUUAACAAUUAAUUGAUGAGGACGAAGUUUUUAUAAAAAAUUUAUAAUAAAAUGAAUAUAGUGACUACAGUUAAUUUAUGCAAUAUAUAAGGAAAGAAUAAGAUGCUUAAAUUAAAAAUUAGACAGAUUAAAUAAAGAAAAUUAAUCAUCUAAUUCUUAAUCUAAAAGAAACAGAUUUAGUUAAACAAUGUUUAAUAUUUCUUGAAAGUUAAAAUAUUAAUCCAAUUUUAUUAAAAAUAAAUAAUGGGAAAGAAAAUAAGAUUAUUGAUGAAGUAAUUUAAUAUCAAAAUUAGAAUUAGGAACUUAAUCUCAUAUGUGAAGAACAUAAAAAAUAAAUCACAUUAUUUGAUCUAAGUGCAAAAAAGUUAAACAAUUAAAAACGUAUUGGAUGUUUAGAUUGUUUAGAUGGUACUAUUAAUUAAUAUACUUCUAUUAAAAGAGCUCAAAAUAUGUGGCAAUAAAUAUAAUAAUAAAAAUUAGAGAAAAUGAAUCAACAUGUUGAAAUUUUAAAAAUAAAAAUAAAAUCUAUAAAGGAAUACUUUUUGGCUAUGUAAAAAAGUCUUAAUAAUUCAAUAGAGAAUGCAACAAUUAAAAUAACUCUUUAUUAAGAAGAUUAUAUUUUAAAAGUUAGAUAGACAAAUAUUUAAUUAAUGAAUACAUGUUGGCAAUAUUUAAAUAAAAAAUAAUUAAUUGAAAUUGCUUAAGAAUUAAGCUAAAUUAAUUAAUUAAGUAUUUAAGAAGAUCCUUUAAUGGAUGAAUAUUGCAUUUAAGAAAAUUUCGUUUAUGAAAUAGCUAAAGACACAAUAAAAUCCUUACAAGAAUGUUAAAUAACCUAUUCAGAUUAAAUUAGUCAUUUAAUUAAUAAUUAAAUAAUAACAUAUCAUUAAGAGAGUAGUAAUAAACAAAUAGAAAGUUAAAGUACUGACAUAAUAGAUUAAUAAAAAAUAAAGUCAACAAUAUUAGAAAAUAAAGAAUAAGAGUAGUAAUUAUCAAUAAAUCUUAAAUAAGAAUAAUAGUAAAUAAUAGAUAAAUAGUAACCAACUCAAUCAAUAUUGUCUUAAAAAUAAUAAAAAGUACUUUAACCAUUCAAAUUUAACUUAAUAGAAAAUAGUUCUAUUUAAUAAAAUGAAUUUUGUAGAGCAAUAGCAUUUAAUUAAGAUUGUACGAUUGUGUUAGCUGGUUGUAAUAAUCUUAUUAAAGUUUUUGAAUUUAAAUAAGAAUAAUUAAAAUUUACAUAACUUUUAAGUGAACAUUAGAAAGAUGUUCAUGUUUUGGAUUUUAUGAAAAAAACAAUUAAUUUUAUAUCAGGAAGCGCUGAUAAAUAAAUUAUAAUAUGGUAAAUUAAUUAAAAUAAAGAAUGGGAAUGUUAAUAAAAGUUAAAUGGUCAUACUCAUUAUAUUAGAUGCAUGAUAUUAAAUAAUAAAGAAAAUAUGAUAAUUUCAGGUAGUCCUGAUAAAACAAUAAAAUUUUGGAUAAAGAGAAAUGAAUGGUAAUGUGAAUAAACAAUUACAGAUCAUAUGAGCUGGAUCUCUGGAUUAAGUUUAAAUGAUUAAUAAAAUAAAUUAAUAUCUAGUGGAGGGGAUAAAUUAAUAUUAAUAAUGGAAUAAUCUAAAAAAGAGGAUAAAUGGAUAGUAAUUUAAAAGAUUAUUGUUGAAUAAUAUGGAGAUAGAAUUUGUUUUAUAAAUGAUGAUCUAUUUACUUUUUAACCUUAUUCUGAAGAAUCAAUGCAUAUUUACAAAUUAAAAAAUAAUAAUUAAUAUUUAAAGUCGAAAGAAAUUGCUGUCAAAGGAGGUAGUUCAGGUGAUAGUUACCUAUUUCCAUAAAAAUAUAUUAAAAAUAAAUGUCUCUUAUUAAAUAAGAAUGGGAAUAAUAUUAAUUUGAUAAGAUAAAAAGAAAAUGGAGAUUUUAUAAUUGAAUAAUCUAUUGAUUUUGAAACUUAUUAUUUAUUUGGAUAAAUCAGUGAAGAUGGAGAAUAUUUAAUUACUUGGGAUAAUAAAUCAACCUAAAUUUAAUUAAGAAAAUACCAUGAAUAAUGA